AUGGAGAAUAAAAGAAGGAGGAGAGAAUCAUUCAUAGAUUGGCUGCUCAUGCUAGGUGUGUUUGCUUUGUGCGAGUUCCAGGCAGAGGGGAAUAAGACUAGCCAACAAGAACCUACCCAUAUGGGAAAAAAGCCUGAAGAACCCCAAAUACCACAAGGUCACCACAGGCUUGAGAGUAAAUUCAUUGCAGUGGGUACAAGCCAUUCUCUCUUCAAUUUCACCAUAAUUUACACUAUUGAUGAUGUACAAGUGUGUGCCUAUAAUAAAGGGAAUAAGCAAACUGUGUUCAGUGAAGCAUGGAUCGCCAAGGCACUAGAGAAAGACUUCAUUGAGCAUAAGAAGGAAUUUAAUUUAAAUGCUGAGAAAUCUUUCCGCUGGCUCCUCAACUUACUAAAGAAUGACACCAAGAGUGACAAGAAUCAUACAAUACAGCUCUAUGGAGAAUGUGAACUGGAUAAUGACAUUCCCAUUGGCAGCCAAAUCCAGUUUGCUGUGGAUGGUGAAGAUUUUAUCAAGACAGAUGAUACGACGGACCACUGGAUUGUCACCAAACCUGAAGCAGAGAGCUUCAGAAUGAUAGUAGAAAGCACAGGGUUCAACAUGAGAAAGAAAACUAUAAAAUAUCAUUGUGCCGACAUAAUAAGAAAAAUCCUGAAGCACUCAAAUUUGAAGGAAAAUGUGGCCCCUGAGGUGACCGUGUCCCGCCAUGAUGUCUCAGAUGGCAGAGUCUCCUUUAACUGUACGGCCACAGGCUUCUACCCUCGCUCUAUCAUGAUGCGUUGGGAGAAGGGCGGGCAGCUGGGCGUGUGGGGGCACGAGAGCUCCAGUGGCACCUUGCCCAAUGCUGAUUCCACCUUCUACCUCCAAAUCACACUGGAACUUCCUCCUGGUGAUUCAGGGGCAGGUUACGCUUGUGUGGUAGAGCAUGAUAAGCUGCAGGCACCCGCUGUACAUCCUGUCCCUGAGAAGCCCACUGAGAGAAGGCCAUGGGUCCUGGCCUUGGGUCUCCUAACAGCUGUCAUUCUGGUGCUGAGCUGCUCUGGGGCCUUCAUCAUGUGGAACAAGAAGACAGGUCAGAAGACUCUUGAGCAUGCCACAGUGGGAGAUGAAAGAAGUCUUUAA